AUGACCAAGAAGAAGCGCCAUCAUCCCGAUGUCGAAGAGGUCCUUGCGCGGCCAUGGUGCUACUACUGCGAGCGCGACUUCGAUGAUCUCAAGAUUUUGAUCAACCACCAGAAAGCGAAGCACUUCAAAUGCGAAAGAUGUGGCCGAAGAUUGAACACCGCAGGGGGGCUCAGUGUCCACAUGAGUCAAGUCCAUAAGGAGAACCUCACGGCUGUCGACAAUGCCCUUCCGAACCGAGCGGGUCUAGAUAUCGAAAUAUUUGGCAUGGAAGGAAUUCCCGAAGAUAUCAUCCAACAACAUAAUCAGCGAGUCUUGACCAGCUUUCAUCAAGCUCAAGCUGAUCGACAGGCAGCUACUGGUAACAAUGCUGCAAAUGCUCAGCAUCCCAAUGCCCCAAAGAAACCCAAGAUCGAGUCUGUCUCCGACAUCAAGAAGCGCCUGGCGGAACACAAAGCUGCCAAACUGGCUGCUGAGCAAGGCGACGGAACAAGCAGUGGAGGUGCCACCCCUAACACCCCUGCAGCUACUGUGGUCCAAGCCCAGCCUCAGGUACACACGGCAGCGUCUCCGACCUACCCCGGAUAUCAACAAUCAUAUGCAGCGCCACCUACGAAUGGUUCGUACAGUCAGUCCCCUUCUUUCGCUCAACCCCCAGCCACUUUAUCUGCUCCAUAUCAGGCGUCGCCUAUUUAUCCUCCUGCCGGGUCUCCGCCUGCUGUCGAAGGCUACGGCCAGCAUUCGGCAACUCCACAGCCUGGGCAACCAGGAUACGGCCAGAUCCCAUAUUCCCAACCACCAUACGCUCAACCACCACAGCCGUCCUUUCAGCCGCCACAACCAUCACCGGUGGGCUAUCCUCCUCAGCCGAGUUUUUCGCCUCCACAGUAUCAGUCACCUUAUCCCGGUCAACCCUACCCUGCCCAGCCCGCUGGACCUCCGCGUCCAUUUGCGUCGGGAUCUCCAGUCCCAGGUUUUCCGCAACCACCCACAGCUCUUGCACAACGCUCUCAUUCGCCUGCUACAAACGGUAAUUUUCCGGCACCAGUGCGUACUGGCAGUGUAAGUCUACCUAGUGCUCCAGGAUUGCCACAGAGGCCCGCUUUUGGUGCUCCACCAGUCAAUGCUUUCCAAUUUCAACAAAUGCAUCAAGGUCAGAUCCCUGCUCCACAAUCCCAUAACAUUGUGCCGCAGUUUGCUCCUGGACAAGCUCCAGGAAGCACAAAUAUGCAAGUUCCGCCACAGAUUCCUGUCCCGAACCAAGCUUCUUUGGUUGAAGCUCAAGACGCCUCGUCCCUCGAUGACCUGAUCGCGAGUGCUUCUAAACAAGCUGACGCCGAUGCCGCUGCGGCCGCAGAGGCUGCCGCCAAACCCGCCAUCCCACCAGCAGUCACUUCUCUGGCCACCACUAAAGACGAAGCCGGCGAGGACAAAGGCGGACCAAAGAAAGACAAGGAGAAGGAGAAACCAAAAGCAACCAGGUUGGUCUACUCUGAUAACGAGACAAGUCCUGAAGAGAAGAUGGCCAUGUUGCCAAAGUACGCAUUUACUCCUGCACAGAAAACAGUUGUGGUCUGA